UUUUGCCUUUGGAAAUAAAAUUUUGCCACGAGAAAGAGAGUUUUGCCCCGAGAAAGAGAGUUUUGCCCCGAGAAAGAAAUUUUUGUGAGAAAUAAAGAUUUUGCCGUAAGAAAGCAAGUUUUGCCUUGAGAAGAAAGUUGGACCCUGACACUUGUGGGCCCCUGUAGUGCUUCAGUGAUGUACUUACCAAGCGUGUUUUGAUUUGACUUGUGUUGUUUGAUUUACGGUUGAUAGCGUAUACUCAUUUUUAGUUUUUGUUUUGCUUUUAUUUACGGGCAAUUUGUUGAAGAAUUGGACAAAUUGUGUAUAUUGGUGAAAGCUAGUGUGAAAAAUUCAUAACCGUAAUUAAAUUUUUAAUUAAAACUGUAGGUAGAUUCUGGGAUUAGGCCAGUUAGGCCUUAAACCCAAGCCUAGCGAGACAUUCGAAACUGCAAUCAUUCAGAACCUUCUAUUGAUGAGUAUCACAGUUUGAAGAUACUGGGUCCAUCAAUGGAUGAUAUCGACGAGCAAUGAUAUGCUAUCGCCAUGUAACUAUAGCUUGAGUUUUGUUAUUACAGCAUAUUUUAUUAUACCUUAGUGCUAGCGUUGUGUAGCUUAAAGGUUCCAUAUAAGAAGGCAGGUUAUUAGCAAACAUUCUGUUCACGACCCUUGCAACUUUCACCGCAAGAAAUCCUGCUUUAACAAAUUUAAUCCACAGUAGUUAUAGCUUGGAUCUGCCGGCUGACAACUCUGGUGAAUCACGUAGGAUCAUUGACCCAAGGGGUAUUUAGUUUAUUGUAAAAUGCUGUUCUUCUAUCCCCAGAAAAGUUUCUUGGUAUAAACUGCAUCGUUAAAACCUAAAGCUACAUAUAUGUGACUUAUGCUUGCGUAUGUUGUUGGCUUGAAAAUUUGAACACAAAUAGACAACACAGAGUUUGCAAAAUUCCAAAUGACGCGUUAGCUCCUCUUUUUCCCCUUAUAUUACUCUGUCGUAUUGUCCCUUUAAGAAACGUCUCUGCCCAUAAUCUCUUUUCCAACAUUCCAGUAACUGUCUUAAUCAUCCGCCUCGCAAUGAAUUUUCGCAUAUCUUCUUGUUCAUUCAAAAACAAGUCAACUGUGUCAAGUCUUGAAUAGCAUGUGCUCUCAGGGUUCGCUCAAAAAUAAUUUGCCACCUGCUCUUGCAUGCACCAUUUCUUGACAUCAUUCGCUCCAGUAAUUCUUAGCGCCGGAAUGCAACUAUCAAAAAUAUGAUAACAACAAAAUUUAAGGCCUUUAAAAAGCAUUGCAAAAUUAUGUAGUUAUUAUUGUUAAUAGCAGUAUGGGUUGUAAAAUUUUAGCUAGGUCGUAUUUUCUUUUUUGCUGUGCUUCAACUUUGUUAUUUUGUAAUGGAGUGCCACACGGAAAAGGCGAAAAAUCUACAGCUACUGAUGAUAACUUAUCGAGGUUCUCAGCGCCGCAAUUGACGAAAGCCGACAAGAGGCAUUUAGCAAAAUUAGAAGAUGCAUUGACCAGCAAGAAAGGACGACUCAUAUUCACGAAUUCGUGGGCAGUUCAGUUGAAUCCAGAACAAGUUGCUUUAGCCGAUCAAAUAGCCAAGAGGAAUGGAUUUCACAAUAUGGGACAGAUUGGCGAUUUAGAAGAUUUUUAUCAUUUCAAACACCAUGGAGCUAAAAAGAAGUCAAAAAGAUCCGCCGAGGACAAGACAGAAUCUCUUCUUGCAGAAGAGAACGUCGUUUGGGCUGAACAACAGCACUUGCUCGAUAGGCGAAGAAAAGAUGGAAUCCCUACAGAUCCAAAAUUCAAACUGCAGUGGUAUCUUAGAAAUAACGGACAGUCCACGGGACCCGCUGGAGUUGAUCUUAAUGUUUUGGGUGCAUGGCAACAGGGCUACAAUGGUAAAGGAGUUGUUGUCAGUGUCCUUGAUGACGGGGUCGACCACAACCAUCCAGACCUUCGUGACAAUUAUGACCAAAAAGCAAGCUACGAUUUCAACGACAUGGAUGCUGACCCGAAACCAAGAGAUUCUGAUCCUGACAAUUGCCAUGGUACCAGAUGCGCCGGUGAAAUUGCUGCUGUUGCUAAUAACAGCGUGUGUGGUGUUGGUGUCGCUUAUGCUGCAAGUAUCGGGGGGGUAAGGAUGCUUGAUGGGCAGGCAACAGACAUCCUUGAGGGCAGCUCUCUCAGUUUCCAGUCGGACUAUAUCGAUAUCUACAGCAACUGCUGGGGACCAAAAGAUGACGGAAAAACUUUCGGAAAACCAGGGAAAUUGGCACAAGAGGCAUUAAUGCAAGGAGCCCUGAAGGGCAGGGAUGGCAAAGGCAACGUGUACGUAUGGGCAACAGGGAAUGGCGGCUUAACUGACGAUGACUGCAACUGUGAUGGUUACACUACCAGCAUCUACACAAUUUCAAUCGGAUGCAUCAGUGACCAUGGACUAUCAGCAUACUAUACUGAGCUUUGCUCCUCCACACUGGCAGUCACAUUUAACGGUGGAUCGCAUCGUGAAAAGGAAGAGAAUAAGAUUAUCACAACUGAUUUGAAAAACAAGUGCACCGAAGAAUUCAAGGGGACAUCUUCUGCUGCUCCACUUGCUGCCGGUGCGAUUGCUCUUGUUUUACAAGCAAACCCCAACUUGACAUGGCGUGAUGUACAGCAUAUCAUUGUGAACGCAGCACAAGUGACGAGUCCUGUUGAUGAAGGGUGGGUGAGCAAUGGAGCUGGCUUCCAUUUCAACCACAAAUUCGGAUUUGGUAGACUGGACGCUAGUAGAAUGGUUAACUUGGCAAAAAGCUGGAAAAAUGUUCCAAAGCAAAGGAAAUGCCAGGGUCCGUCAAGCAGCUCUCCACAGGAAAUUCCAGCUGGUGGGACCCUUUCAAUCACCAUUGAUACGAUAGCCUGCGAGGGCACUGAUAACGAGAUCACAAAGUUGGAACACGUGACUUUAACAGUGUCCUUCCAACAUAGAAGACGUGGAGAUGUGAGCAUCGAUUUGUUUUCACCAAUGGGAACACGAAACGAGAUGCUCUCAACUCGACGAUAUGAUGAUAGUGAUAAAGGGUUACACGAUUGGACGUUCAUGACAGUUCACUGUUGGGGUGAAAAUCCCAAGGGUGUUUGGACAUUGAAUGUAACAGAUAACAUCCCAGCGCUGACGCAAAAAGGUUUCAACCUUAAUGGUUAUUUGCAGCAUGACACUAGCCGUCAAGAGCCAGAUGUAGAGGACCUUGAGGAGGAGGUGAUAGACGACGAGAAGAAGAUGAAAGAAAUAGAAUCGAAGAGGAAAGGGAAGAAGCCGCCAACCAAUGUACCCUACCCUGAGGGAGUUAGGAGGAGGAACAGGGUGCAGAUGUUGGAUCCAGAUUCAUUUGUGAAUGAUUUAGAGGAAGACAAAAGAUUGCUCUCCUCAGAAGACCUUAUUGCAGACACAUUUAAAGAAAAUGAGCGGCGUACUGUAGUUACUGGAGGCAAAGAUGACGAACUUCUAUUUGACAAGUUGCAUGCCUACGACAAAAGCCCCGAAUUGCUUGAAUCUUUCGAGAGACUUGUUGGUGUGGGUGAUUCGCCAGAGAUGCAUGGCUUGAACACUGAUGGAUCGCAAAGUUCCGAGGUGUUCGGAUAUGAUAGAAAUAUAGGGAAUAUUGAAACCAAUAUGCAACAGGAAAAUGUUAAGAGAAUGGGCUUAUCAUACCAAGACCCAAGGGUACAGGUCCAACAAGAAGAAACCGGAUCACAACGUGUCCAAGUUAGCAAUGGAUACCAAGAACCAUUUAUACCGGGCUUAAACCCAUCAACUAAUAGAGUCAGCUCCGGACAAUUCUUAGAGUGGUCUUUAACAUUUUUCGGAACCGGACCUGAUGAGGAAUGAAAUUGAUAGUAUUGCUAACGUUUAUCUUAAUGGGAAAAAACCCAACUAGAUUUCGUUACUUCCGUUUUUAGCCCCUUUGAUUGUUCCAACGUCAUAUUUUACCAUUUCCUCUAGACGAGUAAUAUUCAGGAAAGCAGCUUCAUAAUAUGUCACUUCGACAAAUUGGUUAUAGUAGUAAAAAAGACAGUGUCUCUAUUUCUUAUAACCAUAUCUGUAACGCAAACCAAACUUUUGCAUCUUAUCAGAAAGCAAUCAAAAUAGAUCCGGAUUAAAAUAACAUAUUAGACUAACCUCCCCAGCUCCCUCCGAAUUCCAACUUCUCUUACUGUUUUAGUUUAUUUUAGAAUUUUUCUAAGCCAGUAUUUACAUUCAGGGGGAUACCCAUCAAACUGUUCGUUGUAGAUAUUGUCCCAAAGUGACUUUUAGCCCGAUAUUCUGAUUUCGUUUAUAAAAGCAUUUAUAGAAGAUGAUCUCUAGGCCAAGGUACGUAGACUGCUGGUUUUAAGUAACCCAUAGCACUUGUAGAACAUAUAAAAGCUAUUUAUCCAAGAUAUUAUAUUCACAAAAGUUAGAAUAAUGAUCAUUUUGUAAUUUUUUUAAGUUACUUGCUCAAUGUAUAUACAAAUGAAUGAAAUACAAUGUUGCGGAUCUAAUCUCUGUUUCUGGAAACCUACUAUUCAUCUUUUGAAGUCUUUAAGUGUUUAUAGGUCCAACACGGAAUUAUGCAACGGCUGAAGAGUUUUUCGUGUUGAAGUCAUGUUAGCUCUCUGCUAUCUGUUGAAGCAUGGUAGGGGCCCUGAACAUUAAGGCAGCAUGUUGAAGCAUGGUAGGGGCCCUGAAAACGUAGAGCAGGAUAUGGCAAGGGUAAAGCAAACGUUAGGUGUUUAAGAAAGAAAACAGGAUCGCGAUAAUGCUUGCCAAAUAAUAGGUAAGAGGUGAAGGAGAAGGGACAUAGGAAAACAGAAGAAGAGAA